UGCCAAGAUGGUUGUUCUCUCCAAGGAGUAUGGCUACGUCAUCCUGACAGGGGCUGCCAGCUUCUUUGUGGUGGGGCAUCUCGCCAUGAACGUGGGGAAGGCCCGCAAGAAGUACAAGGUGGAGUAUCCAACCAUGUAUAGCACAGACCCUGAGCAUGGGCAUAUAUUCAACUGCAUCCAGCGUGCGCACCAAAACACGUUGGAAAUUUACCCAUCCUUCCUGUUCUUCUUAGCCACCAGUGGAAUCUACCACCCGCGGCUUGCGACAGGGUUUGGCAUUGCCUGGAUCCUUGGGAGAAUCCUCUAUGCCUAUGGCUACUACACCGGAGAUCCUAAAAAAAGAAUGAGAGGGGCUUUCGGUUCAGCUGCACUCGUUGGACUGGUGGGAACAGGGAUUCAUUCAGCUUUACUGCACCUUGGCUGGAUCUGCCAGCACUAA